AUCGAAGCGAGCUUAUUUAGAGGAGCCGAAUGCCCUUCGUCUUGUGGGGUGGGCUUUUAGCUGUGCGUUAGCUGUCCUUGGUGUUCUUCUCUCCCCUCUCUGCUCCACAUACCUAGAAAGCAAACACCUUUGCCCCAUUCUCCUCACUCUCCUCUUCGUAUUGCUUCGCCCUUCCACAAGCGUAAUUGUUGUUCCGAGAAUGAGAUGAAGAGGAGAAGCAGCAUAACGGAAAAGCUUCAUCUCCUCUUCCUCUUCUUGAUCUCAUUUGCGGCGGCGAGAGCGACCGCCUUCAGCAGCCAUGGCCUCACCGACGCUGAGGCCGGGUUCAUCCGUAGGCGGCAGCUGCUGUACUACCUCGACGAGUACGGCGACCGCGGCGAGCGGGUGAGCGUCGACCCGUCCUUCCGCUUCCCUAACCCCCGUCUCCGCGACGCCUAUGUCGCCCUGCAGGCCUGGAAGAAGGCCAUCCUCUCCGACCCCCACAACUUCACCGGCAGCUGGGUCGGGCCCAAUGUCUGCUCCUACUAUGGCGUCUUCUGCGCCCCGCUCCCCUGCAACCGCUCCCUCACCGUCGUCGCAGGUAUCGACCUCAACCACGCCGACAUCGCCGGGUACCUCCCUGAGGAGCUCGGCCUGUUGACCGACCUCGCCCUCUUCCACAUCAACUCCAACCGCUUCUGCGGCACCGUCCCCCAGAAACUCCGCCAGCUCACCCGCCUCUUUGAGAUCGACCUCAGCAACAACCGCUUUGCCGGCAAGUUCCCCAGGGUCCUCCUCGAGCUCCCCUCGCUCAAGUUCCUCGACAUCCGGUUCAACGAGUUCGAGGGCGGCGUCCCUCGCGAGCUCUUCGACAAGCCCCUCGAUGCCAUCUUCAUCAACCACAAUCGGCUCGCCUUCGACAUCCCCGAUAAUAUCGGCAACUCCCCCGUCUCCGUCAUCGUCCUCGCCAACAACCGCUUCCGCGGCUGCCUCCCAGCCAGCCUUGGCAAUAUGUCGAACACCUUGAACGAGAUCAUUCUCAUGGACAACGGGCUGCGGUCCUGCCUUCCGCCCGAGGUCGGCCUGCUGAGGAAGCUCACCGUGUUCGACAUCAGCUUCAACCAGCUGCUGGGACCGCUGCCGGAGGAGAUCGGCCGCAUGGUCAGCCUCGAGCAGUUGGAUGUCGCGCACAACCUGCUGUCAGGGCGCAUCCCGGAGUCCAUCUGCCAGCUCCCGCAUCUGCAAAACUUCACCUUCUCCUACAAUUUCUUUACCGGCGAGCCGCCGUCGUGCUUGAAGGUGCAGUCAUUCGACGACCGGAGGAAUUGCCUUCCCGAGCGACCGUUGCAGCGGUCGGGGAAGCAGUGCGAGUCGUUCUUGUCGCACCCGGUGGACUGCAGUUGGUUUCGGUGUAAGCCGUUCGUGCCGGCAUUUCCGCCGCCGCCGCUGCCUCCAUCGCCUCCUCCGCCGUCUCCCCCGCCGUCCCCGUCUCCGCCACCACCAUCUCCUCCACCUCCCCCAUCUCCAUCGCCACCACCUCCGUCUCCGCCGCCCCCAUCCCCACCUCCUCCUUCACCGCCGCCGCCACCUCCACCAGUUUAUUCAUCGCCUCCACCGCCUAAUUCACCACCACCUCCCAUGCAUUAUUAUUCUCCUCCGCCACCACCAUCUCCUCCACCUCCCCCAUCUCCAUCGCCACCACCUCCGUCUCCGCCGCCCCCAUCCCCACCUCCUCCUUCACCGCCGCCGCCACCUCCACCAGUUUAUUCAUCGCCUCCACCGCCUAAUUCACCACCACCUCUCAUGCAUUAUUAUUCUCCUCCGCCACCACCAUCUCCUCCACCUCCCCCAUCUCCGUCGCCACCACCUCCGUCUCCGCCGCCCCCAUCCCCACCUCCUCCUUCACCGCCGCCGCCACCUCCACCAGUUUAUUCAUCGCCUCCACCGCCUAAUUCACCACCACCUCCCAUGCAUUAUUAUUCUCCUCCGCCACCACCAUCUCCUCCACCUCCCCCAUCUCCAUCGCCACCACCUCCGUCUCCGCCGCCCCCAUCCCCACCUCCUCCUUCACCGCCGCCGCCACCUCCAUCAGUUUAUUCAUCGCCGCCACCGCCUAAUUCACCACCACCUCCCAUGCAUUAUUAUUCUCCUCCGCCACCAUACCCAUCUCCACCCCCACCCAACUUUCCGCCUCCACCGCCGGUUUAUCACUACUUGUCACCACCGCCACCUCCGCCUCCAUGUAUAGAACCACCGGAAUCUUCACCACCUCCGCUAACACCCUAUUACGGAGGUCCAUUGCCACCUGUCGUCGGAGUCUCAUACGCAUCUCCUCCGCCUCCCCCUCCUCUCCACUGAUUCUUUUGAAAAUUGUCCUCGUCCUUCUCCUAUCCUCAAUUAGGCAUCAGAAAAAUGUCUUCAUUCAUUUGGAUUCUUAUCAUGCCAUCUUCUCCAUUAAUUGGCGCUACGUUAUUUCUCUGGCUGCUUUCGUAGCUCACCAGGAACAGCUCAAAGUUCGAGAACACUGCUUGGUGCAUUCAACUUCCGUCAUGGUGAUGGAUGCAGAGUUGGAGAAGCACUGAAGGGUAGGAUUAAGAGGAACCUCUCCACGUAAUUUGAAUUAUGCAAUGGUAUAUGGGUUUGUGAAUGAACUGUCGACAGAGCAAGAGAAUGAACAGUAGGUUGCAGGGACAAAAAAAUGUAUGUAUAGAGAACAUGCGACCCAAGACAUGCGUGCAGAUCAAUUGUGUCUGUGGUUUGAGUAACUUGCAAUGUCCCGUCCAUUAAGCCGUCACAUAAAUUCUCUGAACUGCUUCCUGCAGUGGUAAGCGGUCAGCAGUCCAUCGACUGUGGAAAGUGAAUAGCAGUGAGUGGGUGAGGCGUCCAUGUCCCAUAUUAAUUGCCGUACUCGUCGGUGAAGCCUGCAAGAGAGUGGCCGUGAUCGAUCAGACCGCACUUGGAUCUUUACCCAUUACGGCGGCUGCUUGGUCCCAUCUCCACUCAUCGAUUGACCGCUGUUGGUGGCGAGAUGGGUCCGGGUUUUGAUGAGCCUCCUCGUUUGGCGUUGUGCCGAUCGAGCAGGCGGCAGGCAUUAUGCAGAACGUUGUUGGUUUGGGUACAGCUCCAGUUGGUUGGUUCACGGGGACGGUGGAGGCCAGCAGAGGGAAGGAGCCAAAGAGAGUCCUCGAGGUGGAAGACAAGUUAAUGUUCUUGAAUGCGCCAUUUAUUUCUGGUUCGUUUCU